UCUAUCAAAAGUUCAAAUUUCGAGUUGUUGACAAAAACUUUUAAGUUUAACUUGAAAUUGUAUAAGUUUGAAAGGGGUUAUAAAAAAUAUUUCCUUAUUAAUUUCAUACUAUACUUAGAGUUAUCCGCUUAUUUUCAAUAAAAUGGCGAUGCGUGAUUAUAGUGCAGAUAAAGAAUCAUUCAAGAACUUUUUUAUUGACUUUUGUCAAACUGAUGAUGAUGGUAAUAAGUUAUUCAAAUAUUCAGAACAACUUACUAGAGUAGCACAUAAAGAACAGGUCCCAUUUGUGGUUGAAUUGGAUGACCUAUAUGAAGUUAAUGAAGAUUUAGUUGAGGCUGUUCGUAAUAAUACCAGACGGUAUACCAAUAUGGUAUCUGAUGUUGUAUAUGAGAUGUUGCCUGACUAUAAACAUAGAGAGGUUGAUGCAAAAGAUGCAUUAGAUGUCUACAUUGAACACAGAAUUAUGUUAGAAUCAAGAAACCAUAGAAUCCCUGGUGAGAUGCGAGACCCAAGAAACAGAUAUCCACCAGAACUUAUUAGACGAUUUGAGGUGUACUUCAAAGACUUGUCCACAUCAAAGUGUGUGCCAAUAAGGGAAGUGAAAGCAGAGCAAAUUGGAAAAUUAGUAACUGUCAGAGGUAUAGUUACUAGAUGUACAGAUGUAAAGCCACUGUUAGUUGUGGCCACAUAUUCCUGCAGCGCAUGUGGGGCGGAAACCUACCAGCCUGUGAAAGCUUUACAGUUCACACCACCACCAGCUUGUACAGCGGAUGAGUGCCGUCUAAACAAAACAGCUGGUCAGUUGCAUUUGCAGACAAGAGGCUCAAGGUUCCAGAAGUUCCAGGAAUUAAAAAUACAAGAGCAUUCUGAUCAAGUACCAGUAGGGCACAUACCACGUCAGCUCUCUGUGUACUGUCGGGGGGAAACAACAAGAAGAGCUCAACCUGGAGACCAUGUUGCUGUCACAGGAAUAUUUCUGCCUAUGCUCAAUGCCGGCUUCCGGCAAAUUGUACAGGGUUUACUCUCAGACACUUAUCUUGAAGCUCAUAGUGUCACUUGCCUAAACCAAAGUGAUGAGAAUGAGUUAACUGAAGCUCUCACAGAGGAAGAGUUGGCCGAACUAGCUGAUGAGGAUUUGUACUCCCGUAUGGCAAGGAGCUUGGCACCGGAGAUAUAUGGCCAUGAAGAUGUUAAAAAGGCUCUAUUACUACUUCUUGUUGGCGGUGUUGAUAAGAGGCCAAAUGGCAUGAAGAUUCGUGGCAAUAUUAACAUCUGUUUGAUGGGUGACCCUGGUGUGGCUAAAUCCCAGUUGUUGAACUACAUUGACCGCCUUGCCCCUCGCUCCCAAUACACAACGGGCAGAGGUUCCUCUGGGGUUGGUCUGACUGCUGCUGUCUUGAAGGAUCCUUUCACGGGGGAAAUGAUGCUGGAAGGUGGCGCCCUAGUGCUGGCCGACCAGGGUGUGUGCUGCAUUGACGAGUUCGACAAGAUGGCGGACGCCGACCGUACAGCCAUACACGAAGUCAUGGAGCAACAGACCAUCAGUAUUGCUAAGGCGGGAAUAAUGACUUGCCUGAACGCUCGCGUGUCCAUACUGGCGGCAGCCAACCCCGCGUACGGCCGCUACAACCCCAAGAGGACCAUCGAGCAGAACAUACAGCUGCCCGCCGCAUUGCUGUCGCGUUUCGACCUGCUGUGGCUCAUCCAGGACAAACCUAACAGAGACAAGGACCUGGAGCUCGCGAAGCACAUAGCGUACGUGCACCAGCACUCGUCCCAGCCGCCCACUCAGGUGCGAGCUCUGUCCAUGAAGCUGGUGCGACGGUACGUGGCGCUCACCAAGCGGAAGCAGCCCGUCGUGCCGCGGAACCUGGCCGACUACAUCGUCUCAUCGUAUGUGGAGCUCCGUCGAGAGGCUCGCAACAGCCGGGACGUCACUUUUACCUCGGCCAGGAAUCUGUUGGCCAUCCUGCGGCUCUCCACCGCACUCGCCAGGCUGAGGCUCUCCGACGUGGUGGAGAAAGAAGAUGUGUCAGAAGCGAUUCGACUCGUCGACGUCUCUAAGCAGUCUUUGACACAUAUCGACGAGAACGUGCAGAGGGGAAUCUCCGCGACGGACCGCAUAUUCGCCAUCGUGCGAGAUCUAGCCGGCACCAACACAACGGUGAAGAUUGCUGACGUCAUUGAGCGCUGCGUCGAUAAGGGAUUCAAGCCUGAUCAGGUGGACGCGUGUAUCGAGGAGUACGAGAACCUCAACGUGUGGCAGGUGAACCAAGUGCGGACCAAGAUUACCUUUAUGUGAAAAACUUAUUGUAGUGUGUUUCAAUCAUUUUGUGAAUGUGUGAAUGAUCAAUAAAUAUUAUAAAAUUUUGA